GCGUACUACUGGUAUAUACUACUGCUAAUCCACUAGUGGAUGACCAGUGGCUUGAACCCGCCAACUCAAUUGUGGUUCGCUCCUGCAGUCUCGUGACAGCGCUAACCUGAAUAGGGGAAGAGCCCCUAUUUACCUGCCCAAAAAAUAAACUAAGCCAAUGUUGACUUGUUGAUCCCCUGACGCCCACACAACGAACAACUUGACGUUCCUCACCGCUCAACUACAAGUCCAUCUUUCCUCCUUCUCUCUUCUCCUCUUUCUCUUACCUACUCCCCGUCGACUGUCUCCCCCAGUCUAUCCAACAACCCUUCGCCAACCACCUCUUCGCCUCUUUCAAAUCCACCCUAUCCUACCAACACCGCCAAUAUUCCUUCCACAAUGCGUGAGAUCGUUCACCUUCAGACCGGCCAGUGUGGUAACCAAAUAGGUGCCGCUUUCUGGCAGACCAUCUCUGGCGAGCACGGCCUUGACGGCUCCGGUGUUUACAAUGGCUCCUCUGAUCUCCAGCUGGAGCGUAUGAACGUCUACUUCAACGAGGCCAGCGGAAACAAGUAUGUCCCUCGUGCCGUCCUCGUCGAUCUUGAGCCCGGUACCAUGGACGCCGUCCGUGCCGGUCCCUUCGGUCAGCUGUUCCGUCCCGACAACUUCGUUUUCGGCCAGUCCGGUGCUGGUAACAACUGGGCCAAGGGUCACUACACCGAGGGUGCCGAAUUGGUUGACCAGGUUGUCGAUGUUGUCCGUCGCGAGGCUGAGGGUUGCGACUGCCUCCAGGGCUUCCAGAUCACCCACUCCCUCGGUGGUGGUACCGGUGCCGGUAUGGGUACUCUACUGAUCUCCAAGAUCCGUGAGGAGUUCCCCGACCGUAUGAUGGCCACCUUCUCUGUUGUCCCCUCCCCUAAGGUCUCUGACACCGUUGUUGAGCCUUACAACGCCACCCUUUCCGUCCACCAGCUUGUCGAGCACUCCGACGAGACCUUCUGUAUCGACAACGAGGCUCUGUAUGACAUCUGCAUGCGCACCCUCAAGCUCUCCAACCCCUCUUACGGUGACCUGAACCACCUGGUCUCUGCUGUCAUGUCCGGCGUGACCACCUGUCUCCGUUUCCCCGGUCAGCUCAACUCUGAUCUUCGCAAGUUGGCCGUCAACAUGGUUCCUUUCCCUCGUCUCCACUUCUUCAUGGUUGGCUUCGCUCCUCUGACCAGCCGCGGCGCCCACUCUUUCCGUGCCGUCUCCGUUCCUGAGUUGACCCAGCAGAUGUUCGACCCCAAGAACAUGAUGGCUGCUUCUGACUUCCGUAACGGUCGUUACCUCACCUGCUCUGCCAUCUUCCGUGGAAAGGUCUCCAUGAAGGAGGUUGAGGACCAGAUGCGCAACAUCCAGAGCAAGAACCAGACCUAUUUCGUUGAGUGGAUCCCCAACAACAUCCAGACCGCCCUGUGCUCCAUUCCUCCCCGUGGUCUCAAGAUGUCCUCCACUUUCAUCGGAAACUCCACCUCCAUCCAGGAGCUCUUCAAGCGUGUCGGCGACCAGUUCACUGCUAUGUUCCGUCGCAAGGCUUUCUUGCAUUGGUACACUGGUGAGGGUAUGGACGAGAUGGAGUUCACUGAGGCUGAGAGCAACAUGAACGACCUUGUCUCUGAGUACCAGCAGUACCAGGACGCCUCCAUCUCCGAGGGUGAGGAGGAAUACCUCGAGGAGGAGCCCCUUGAGCACGAGGAGUAAAUAGCUUCCAGUCACUGAAGACUCGGAUUGAGAUCUGACAGCAAUACCCUUGAUAAGUCCAUGUUCUCUGGCUCUGGCCUGGUUCACGGGUCUUGGUCAUUACAUUAUUUUGUCCGAGCGUUUUUAAUAACUUUCCUGUUCUUAAUUUCGAAAGGCCUGUAGAGCCCUUGAGACUAUUGAAAUCAAACAGCACAUAGUUCAAAAGCAAUCAACUGGUGCAAUAUUUUGUACAGCCCUAGUCCCAACAUAAUCAACUAUCUAUUCUCUUUUUUUUAAUCCCACCACUCAUUCCAAUGGAGGCGUAUCUGCAAAAUAAGAGUUCGGAGACGUCUCCACUGCGUAUCGAUGGCCCCUGACAUCAGCUUUUUCCGCUGCUGCUCGAAUCUCACGCAUAUCUUCCAUACUCAACUCCACCUCCAAUGCCCCCAUAUUCUCAUUGUAGUAGUCGAUACUCUUUGUCCCUGGAAUGGGAAUGACAUUAUCACCUUGCGCUAACAACCAUGCCAGCGCCAACUGGCCUACCGUUAUGCCUUUCUGGACAGCAAUGGCACGCAAUUUCUCCGCCAGCUCUAGGUUCUUGUGGAAAUUCUCUGGAAAGAAACGUGGUAUUCCCUUUCGAAAAUCACCCUCUUCUAGGUCAUCAGGACUCUUAAACCGGCCGGACAAUAGACCCCGACUUAGAGGUG